AUAUUCCGAGCUUCCCAAACACCGUCGUUUUCUUCCUCUUUAUUGGUCUCUCCAUUUUUGUUUGCUUUCGCAUUCCUUCACUGAUUCCCCUUCUCACACUUUCACUCACUCUCAUCGUUUCUAACCGGUGAUCAUGGAUCUGUGGUCCGUUCACGUCACCAACAACGUCACCAGAGCCCCCUUCCUCCUCAGAAACUCCUGGAGCUGCGGCAAGGCCAGAGCUUCCUGGUGGCUCGGAGGAGGAGGAGUCGAAGACAGUGGGAGGGUGUUUGAUGUUCGAGACUUGAAUUUGAAUUCGAAGCCGCCGCGGAGAGACGGCGGCGGCUUGAUUGUGGUCAGAGCCACCGGGAAGAAGAACAACAAUCAGGGAAAUUCUUCGUCCUCUUCUUCUUCCGGAAAUGAUGACCACUCUAUUCCAGAAGGAGAUGGUGCAAAAGGAAACAACUCUGAAAAAAUCAAAGACACUUCUUCUGAGAAAAGUUAUCAUAUAAGUUCGGAUUGGAGAGAGGUCAGAGCACAGUUUAUUCGCGGGGAGCAGGCUGAAACGGAUCCUCAGUACCAGUCGAAACCUCUUGGCGAGAAGUGGGCUCAUCCGCUUGCAGUGCCUGAGACAGGCUGUAUCCUUGUUGCAACAGAAAAGCUUGACGGAGUGCGCACCUUUGAAAGAACUGUUGUUCUCCUCCUGCGGUCAGGAAAUAGACACCCAGAAGAGGGGCCAUUUGGAGUUGUUAUCAACAGGCCACUACACAAAAAGAUUAAACACAUGAGGCCCACGAAUAUUGAUCUUGCAACCACAUUCUCGGACUGCUCUCUGCAUUUUGGUGGGCCUCUCGAGGCAAGCAUGUUCUUGUUGAAAACAGGGGGAAAGUCGAAGCUUCCCGGGUUUGAAGAGGUGAUGCCUGGUCUUUGUUUUGGUGCUCGUAACAGUCUGGAUGAAGCUGCUGGUCUAGUGAAGAAGGGGGUUCUUAAGCCUCAAGAUUUCAGAUUUUUUGUUGGCUAUGCAGGGUGGCAGCUGGACCAGUUGGCCGAGGAGAUUGAAUCUGAUUACUGGUAUGUGGCUGCUUGCAGCCCUAAUUUAAUAUAUGGAAGUUCAUCAGAUUCUUCGUCAGAAAGUUUGUGGGAGGAAAUUUUGCAGCUAAUGGGUGGCCAAUAUUCUGAAUUGAGUCGAAAGCCUAAGCAAGAUAUGUAA